GUGAAAUUAUAAGAGAUUUUAUAAAAAUAUUUCAUUUCACACUUUUGGAAGAUUUAGACGAUCUUGAAAUUUGUUGGAUUCUUAAUGGAUCAGCAAUUGAUUCAGAAUUUAUGGAGGGUCAAUGGGAUUACAACAACAUUGAUAAUUAUGUGGUAGAAAUUUGUAGGUUUCCAUUAAUUAGAUCUUCUAAAAAAAUAUAUUCACUUGCAAAAGUAUUUGCUGACAAACUUGAUAAUUCCAAUACAAUAAUUAAAUCCAAUACAUCACUUGAAGUUAUAAAAUGGAAUGCGAAUGCUAAAGAUAAAUUAGGAACUAAAACAGUAUUGGUAUCUGAAACAAGAUUUGGUGGUGGUGGAUGGACAACUGAAACAGCAACUGAUGAUGAAUUCGAUGAGCUUUAUGGGGAGCCCAAAUCAGAAACACUAGUAAAUGCUGAAAGUAACUCCACUGCUGUAAAACAAUCAUGUGAUAAAAAAGAAGCAACAUCAGCCAUUGGAUCUGUAUUUAGUACCUUUUUUGGAAGACAUGACACUAAAUCAAUUGAAACCACACAAACUAUCAUCUCCAAACAAACCAACGAAGGCUCAUUCCAUAUUUCUGACACACUUUCUGAAAUUCUUGAAAUUUCUUCUGAUACAAAAUCUCAAUCAUUCAAAUCUACUAUUCAAACAUAUGCUGUUAUUUAUACAGAAACAAAAGAAGAAAUUGUUGAAAAGAAGGAAGAAAUUGUUGAAAGGAAGAAAGAAAUUGCUGAAAAAGAACAAUAUACUACCAAAAUCAGUCACGCAUUUAUUAGUUCUUCCAAAGAUGAAAAAGUUGCAAAGAAAGAUGAUUAUCACACUACUACAAAUGUUGAAACCAUAAUUGAAAAAAUCAGCCAUGUAUUUGGUAGUUCCAAAGAAGAAGAAAAGGCUAAAAAUGAGGAAUUAAAAGAAAAAGAACAAAAUACCUCAAAAAUUAGUCAUGCAUUUGCCUCUGAAGACGAAGAAACUAUUGAAAAGAAAGAAAAAGAUGAUCAUCACACUACAAAAUUUAUUGCAGGUGAUGUUACUACUGUAAAACAUUCAUAUGAUAAAAAAAGAGAGAAGAAACAUGAAGAAGAACAUUCUGCUACUGAGGGUGUUGUUAGCGGAGUAACCUCUACCAUUGGAUCUGUAUUUAGUGGCUUUUUUGGAAAAAUCAGUUGA